AUGUCCCGUCUUCGCGACCCAGCGGAAUAUGUAUCGAAAGCAAAACAUGGAUGGGCCGGUCACAUCCUGAGAAGAAUCGACGAUAGAUGGAGUAAGAGAACAGUGGAGUGGAUCCGAAGAGAUGCAAAACGCCCUCGAGGGAGAUCGCCAACGAGAUGGGGUGACGUGUUCGCUACACGGAUGGAACAGCUCAGAACUCAGCUGGAUACGGCUCAAGGACCACGUCAACAUCACUCACGAAACUUGAGAACAUCUUAG